AUGCCACAAGCUAUCCUAUCUCGUUCAUCCACCCCUACCCAAUGCUCAACACGAUUCAGCACAGCACACGAUCACUUGAGUGGCAGCAUCUGGCGUCCUAAUAACAGCAUCUCUUUGCCUCGCACUCUUAACGUAGAGCUUGCUAUCGAAGGUUGGCUCGAUGCUCUCACUUCCCCACUCUUCACGUCUUCAGAGCGAAUAGCUGUGCUCAACGAUAUCGAAAAGACGUUGGUCAAGAUUACAGAUAGCUCUGCGAGAGCAGGCGGCUUGGUGGGCUUGGACCACUCAGCCACAUUCUGGGCUCUCCAAGCGACGGCAGGGUACAAUCUAGCGGAAGUGCUGUUAGGACACGUCUACAGGCUGCAUCUGGAGCUUGAACGAGCAGAUGAAGCCAACAAGGCCCCUCUCAGCAACGGUAGCUCCUCACAGCAGCCAACUUCUGCAACGUCAGAAGCGCAACAACUCCGCAUCCGAUCAACAACAUCAGAAAUCUGUAUCGCCAUAACCAUCCUCCAGGGCCUCACCCUUUGUUCUCGCGCGACGCAGCGCAUUAGCUCCCGCAAGUCCUGCCUAGAACUUCUGCUACAAAUCGUCCUUGCCGAUUACUGCACCCAGUUACUCCCACCCAUCCUCAUCCCGGCAGCUACACCUACAACUCGACCGGCUACCCCGAACUCGAGCACAGCAGCAGAGGCACCUCUUCCCCUACCCUCCGGCUUCGCAUUAGACUUGCUGAUGUGCAUUUUGGUAAACAGUCAAGUAGCGCAGCAAAGGUUUACAGAUAUGGGAGGAAUUCAUCAGAUCGUACAGUUGAGUCAUAAGUGUGCCGACACUGUGACCACUCCUGCCUCUACUCCUGCGUCUACUCCGGCGUCUACUCCGACAAAGAGCAGUUUUGGCGAUGUUGGAGGGAGGGCAAGUUAUGUGACGGCGUUGAAGCAGACGGAUUUGUUGUGUUUGGAGUUCAGAUAUUUCUGGUCUCAGGUUCUCAACUCGCAUGCUUCGAGUGAUAGGAGGGGAAGCGAGGAGGCAAAUGCAGGAAGGAUGGCAAAGGAAAGUACUACUCCCAAAGCUUCUCCUCGGAAACGUGCUUCAAGACGAGACCUGAACGGACAAGGUAUAGGAGGAGGGGAGACGCCAAAAGCACCACGUUCUGAAAGAAGAACUACAGCACAAGAAACCAAGUCCAUUAGAGCGACUAGUGAAGAAGCUCCCUCUCGACCCACCCUACGACGGCGCAUACCCUCGCCACUCAAACCCCGUACCCCGGCACAAGAAGCUGCCGAAUUCGAGCAACGUCAAGGCAAACAAGAGAAAUCUACACAACAACAAGGCAUCCCAUACGGCCGUCUAGGAUGUAGUACUACUAGCCCACCUUGCUUCCUUUUCCACACCACUGAUACACAGCAUCAGAUAGACAGAAUGGCAGGAGCGGAUGUGGAAAACCAGAAGCCAUUCCAAGCUAUGGGAUUGGUGGAAAAGAAAUCUCCAGUGGAAAGAGUUGCAACUCCACCAUCCAAACCCUUCCGUGGUAGUAGCGAAGAAUUUGGAGCGCUUUCAGCCUCACCAAGUAGGACAAGUUUGGGUAUGAUGGGAGUAAGAGCAAUUCUUCCUCCUUCUCCAGCUGUGAGGAGGGCUCAAAUGGCCAGAGCGAGAAGUUUGUCGCCGACAAAGUUGAGUUUGAGUGCUAGUGUUGCAGUUGGCAGAGAAUCGUCAUAG